AGUCAACAAAUAAACUCCUCGACUGCUUCGGUGUUGCUUUGCUUCUUCUCCUGCCUUCUCUCUUCUUCUUCUACAUCCAUCGCUCGAAGAAAAAUUCGACGGUCAGUUGGAGGCGAACCGGUGAACUGGUAGUCUGGUACUCGUUUCCGUCGGCUGACAAGAUGGGAGGGAAGCUAGAUCUUCUGUCGGCCUUAUGCCUUCUGCUCUGCUGCGGUUCUUGCUUCGGUAAGUUCGUCGUCGAGAAGAACAGCUUGAAAGUUACCUCUCCAGAUUCCUUGAAGGGAGUCUACGAGUGUGCGAUUGGCAAUUUCGGGGUCCCUCAGUACGGCGGGACUCUCGUCGGAACUGUAGUCUAUCCCAAAUCAAAUCAGAAGGGUUGCAAAAGCUUCCACGACUUUGAUCUCUCCUUCAAAUCCAAGCCCGGCGGCCUCCCCACUUUUCUCCUCCUCGAUCGCGGAGAUUGCUUCUUCACCUUGAAGGCAUGGAAUGCGCAGAAUGGCGGCGCAGCUGCUAUUCUUGUUGCAGACGACAAGGCUGAACCCUUGAUCACCAUGGAUACUCCGGAGGAAGGGAAUGUGGAUGCUGAAUAUCUGCAAAACAUCACCAUCCCCUCGGCGCUCAUUACGAAGUCCUUGGGGGAUAGCAUCAAGAAGAAACUUUCCGAUGGGGAAAUGAUCAACAUCAAUCUCGACUGGACGGAAGCGCUCCCGCACCCAGAUGAGCGGGUCGAGUAUGAAUUCUGGACCAACAGCAAUGAUGAGUGCGGCUCAAAGUGUGAAAGCCAGAUUGAGUUCGUGAAAGAUUUCAAAGGAGCGGCACAGAUACUUGAACAGAAGGGUUACACUCAGUUCACCCCGCAUUAUAUCACGUGGUAUUGUCCCGAAGCUUUUAUACUGAGCAAACAGUGCAAGUCUCAGUGCAUCAACCAUGGGAGGUACUGUGCUCCGGAUCCUGAGCAGGAUUUUAGCAGAGGAUAUGAUGGGAAGGAUGUUGUUGAGCAGAAUCUGAGACAAGUUUGCUUCCACAAAGUUGCGAAUGAGAGCGGGAAGCCGUGGCUUUGGUGGGACUAUGUGACUGAUUUUGCUAUCCGUUGCCCCAUGAAGGAGAAGAAGUACACCAAGGAGUGUGCUGAGCAUGUUAUCCAAUCUCUAGGUGUUGAUCUCAAGAAGAUAAAUGAAUGUAUUGGGGAUACUGAGGCAAAUGUUGAUAACACAGUUCUUAAGAAUGAACAAGAUGCACAGAUUGGAAAAGGAUCUCGUGGAGAUGUGACCAUUCUGCCAACUCUUGUGAUAAACAACAGACAGUAUAGAGGUAAGCUGGAUAGAGGAGCUGUGCUCAAGGCCAUUUGUGCAGGUUUCCAGGAGACCACAGAGCCUGCCAUCUGUCUAACCUCAGACCUGCAAACUAAUGAAUGUCUAGAAAACAAUGGUGGCUGCUGGCAAGACAAAGCAUCAAAUCUUACUGCAUGCAAGGAUACUUUCCGGGGUAGGGUAUGUGAAUGCCCAGUUGUGCAAGGUGUGAAAUUCAAAGGCGAUGGGUAUACUCACUGUGAAGCUUCUGGUGCUUUGCGUUGUGGAAUCAACAAUGGAGGAUGCUGGAAGAAAUCUCAAGAUGGCUUGACAUUCUCUGCGUGCACUGACUCUUCAGAAGGCUGCAAGUGCCCUCAUGGAUUUAAGGGUGAUGGAGUGAACUCCUGCGAGGACGUGGAUGAGUGCAAGGAGAAGACGGCAUGCCAAUGCCCAGAGUGCAACUGCAAAAACACGUGGGGAAGCUAUGAGUGCAGCUGUGGUGGCGGUCUCUUGUACAUGCGAGAAUAUGAUACUUGCAUAAGUGGCAAAAAGGGGAGCGCAGAAUUCAGUGGUGGCUUCAGUUUCCUGUGGAUUAUCAUCCUAGCAGUUGCUGUAACUGGUGCCGGAUAUGCGAUUUACAAGUACAGAAUCCGGAGGUAUAUGGACUCUGAGAUACGUGCGAUCAUGGCUCAGUACAUGCCGCUGGACAAUGGAGGAGGGGAGAUCCCUGUUCAUAAUACUCAGAGGGGCGGUUUAGAUAUUUAAGUUCCUUGUGAAGAUGGAGGUAAACUACAGCAACAUGACGAAAUUCACACUUAUCACAGCUUGGCUCGAGGCAAAGGCUGCAACUCCUAGACCGCUGCAUAUCCCCGGAAGACGCUCUCCUUGGCCCGACUUGGUGCCCUUUCUUUUCGUUUCGGUUGUGGGCUAUUUCGUUGGAAAGGCUGUGGGACUUGUUGCUUUGUGUAUGUAACUUUAUGUCCUUUAAAAUUAUACUCGGUUGUGCACAUAACCAUGAGAUAGAUAUACAGAUCGACUGUCCAGGUUUGGUGCGCUUUUAGUUCGUGAUUUCUUUUUUCGUCGUUUUUCUAUGAUCUGCCUUUGUUUUAAUGUAUUUACUCUCGUCGCUUCAUUUCGAACCCGAGGGAAAUGGAGGAACGCUAAGAAACCCUUGGAGAUCGUUCUCAGAGAUAAAUGCUCUUUUGAUACUCACGCUUUCUUCUGAGAGAGAAGGCCAAGAUUAGGGUUUAUAAAUUUUCAGGUUAUAACGAGUUUCGGG